CAUUGCGUUGUGUUGGUUGGUUGGAAUCUGUUCCAUUUUGGCUCACAUUUGAUCUGUAUUCUGGUGUGUUUUGGUUUCCUUGUGGGUUUCAUUUUGGACAUACCCGCUGCCGCCAUUUAGUUCCACUGCUACAGUUAACGCUCUCUAGAUAGAUUACACCGAAGUUCCAACAAAAACUACUACCAACUAGCACUAAUGGCAUCCAAGGCUAAGGGUGGAAAGAAGAAGGUGGAGAGGGCCUCCUCCAACGUGUUCGCCAUGUUCGACCAGAAACAGAUCCAGGAGUUCAAGGAGGCUUUUGGGAUCAUCGACGUGGACAAGGACCAGACCAUCUCUGAGUCGGACAUCGCCGCCACGUGGCAGUCUCUGGGCAAGAAUGUCUCCUCCAGUGAUGUGUCCAGUAUGGUCAAGGAGGCCAGUGGACCUAUCUCCUUCACCAUGUUCCUCACACUGUUCGGGGAGAGACUGAGUGGCACUGACCCCGAGGAGAGUAUUCUGAAUGCAUUCAAACUGCUAGAUGAAGAGGCCACUGGACGCAUCUCAGAAGACAAGAUGAAGCGUCUGCUGACCUCGAUGGGGGAUCGAUUCAGUCCGGAAGAGGUUGAGGACAUGUUCAAGGGAGCUGAUUCGUGUCUCUACGAUGACGGACUAGACUACGCCUCAUUCGUCAAGAUCAUCAAGAACGGAGAGGAGCGAGAGGAGGAAUAGACGACACAUUACACGACACGAGACGAGACGAGGCUUGAAUAAAAAAGAACGAGAUUUAAACGGCCGUGAGCAAAAUUCGACAUUCAACUGACGUUUUUAACUGAAUCGAAUUGAUGACUCGCAACUGCAAUGAAUCAAAAAUCCGUCAACCCUCCCCUAUAAAAAAUAAUUAACCUUAAGAUGAUAAAAUAUCUCGAAAAAUGUGAAAGUGAAAAGACUAAUGUAUGUGUAUCAAUAUACUUGGGUGUGGAAUGGUAUAAGAAAGAUGUACUCGAUUCAUUGCAGUUAAAGAGGUCUACAAACUUAAAUAUAAUUAUUGCUAUUGUUAUUAUAAAAUUUAUUUGCAAAACACUCUGAGGCAAGAUUUCACUCCACUAAUUAACACAUUGAAGUUUA